CUUUGUUACGAUGUUGCACGAACAGAAGAACGAUGAUAACGAGCAGUUACCUGUGUUGCGGUCUAAUCUUGAGUCGGAAUGUUUUAGUUCUAUUGAUGAGGCUCAGAAAGCCUAUAAGGCCUUACAGGGGAAGUUCCAAUGUCUGGUGAGAGAAUUUUAUCGCAAGGAAUCUGAAUUUCGUAAUGUUUCAAAUCACCUUGUUGGCCAGGUUGAGGCUUUGAGUGAAGAGAACCACCGCAUUAGUUUAGAUAAUAUGACCCUACGAAAACGAAAUUUCGAACUGGGUUUGCGUUUAGAGGGUAAUGAAUCUAAGAAAAUUCAGACUGGCCACUGCUUACCGGUUGGUUUGACUCGAGUAAGGUCUUUACUUAGGCUAUAGAAUAUGUUAAAAUACAAGCCACCAU